AUGCCGCAGAGCGGGGGAAGAGCUGAACUGCCGUUUGUGGCUGUCGGCCGCCUCAAGGACAGGAUCACCUUGGCCUACCACGCUGAGAUUGACAAUGCUGAACAAGAGGAGUUCCUGAAGACCUUCCAGCAGCUGCUACAGGUCUCCGCGCAGAAGUUGGCGGCGGGACAACGAACUCGGCUGCAGUGGAAGAGUGGAACGGUUUGCCUUUUGAUGGAUGAGCAGGCGCGUUUUCUCUACUGUGUGGUCACCUCCUCCGCCUCGUAUCCCAAGAAGCGAGCGCAUCAAAUGCUGCGAGAUCUUCGAUCAUUGGUGGAGAAGGUUACCACAAAGAAUUUGAGUCGAGCUGCAGCGUUCACAUUGAACAACCAGCUAAAGGAGUCCAUCGGUGAGCUGGUGAAAAAAUACCAAACCACAGAGGCAUCCUUGUGCUCGGGCUCUCCCGGCGUGAGCAGUGGUCUUGUGCGGCCAGGCAUGGUUGCUUUGCGGCAGGAGAUGGAGGAGCUUCUCCGGUGCCAGCAGGGACCCUUUGCUUUCCUGGAGCAGAGCAGGUGCCUUGAGUUGCUCCAGUCCACUGGCUGCACGGCAGAGGACUAUCGAGAAGCAACGCACAUCAGGGUGAAAGACUUCCUGGACCUCCUGCCAAAGAUGCAGGUGGAGGCCGCUGACAAAGAGGCAGCUGGCCCCCAGGUGGCUCUUCACGAGAUUUUUGUGCAUUUGAAGGACGUGUCGUCGGGAGUGCUGAAGCCGAACGACCUGGCGACGGCCAUGCAAAUGGCUGGGAUGAAUCCGACGACUGCAGAGGCUUCGGAGGUGCUGGAACGCGCCGGGCGACCGGAGAGCUUCACCUUCGAGACCUUCCAAAAGUCCAUGGAGGGGGCUUUGGCCGAGUGGUCUGUGAGGGAUCAGGCUCAACAGCUACUAAGCUGCUUUAAAGUCUUUGACCCACAGAGGACUGGUGUUCUCAGUCGACAGACCAUUGCCACGAUCCUGCGCUCCAAUGGCAACUGCUUUCCAGAGGAAAAGCUCGAGGAGAUGCUGCUUGGUCUCCCACAAAGUAGUCAAGGAAUCGAAUAUUCGCAUUUGGUCCACUACCUCUUGGGCCCAAAGGAUACGGCCUAA